UAUCAUCAUCACUGCAGAGCGUCGUCUUCCUUUGUGAGCUCUCUCUCUCUCUCUGCUCAGUUGUCUGCAGUCCGCAGAGUGUCCUCUCUCCUCUGUUGGCCGUCGUCCCUCACGCUCGCAGCUAAUGACACACACUGAGAGAGAUUUUAAGUGCCACGAGAAAUGAAAUGCUUUCGGGUUGCUACCUGAUCACAUGAUACUGUGCUCCCUCUGUCAUCACAUUUUCAGCCCAAUUACGAAAACUCCUGUGAAUAUGGCUGCUGCUGCGUUGGUAGUACCAUCAUACAUCCCGUUCCCCUUAGACCGCUCUGGUCCCCAUAGCUCUAAGCUCACCUUUUUCUUCUCUACCAAAUCCCUACCAAGGUUCCACUAUCAUAGGCCUCUCACAUUCUCUUGUGGCCUCAACCUCACUCCACAUUUGCAAGCGCCGGAGCCUCCCACCUCCGCUGUGUCUCAAACCCUGGUUCGACUUGCCGCCUCCACCGCAGUCUUUUUUGGGCUUGGGCUUUGCUGUUGGGCCAGUUCAGCUCAAUGUCGGCCUCUUCCUCUCGGCAAGCCUCAAGUGGUUCUAGAGGAGGAGCACACAGUUCAAGCCAAAGAUGAUGGAGAUGAAGCUAAAUCUGAAAGUUUGGGAAAAUCGGAAGAUAACAAGUUGGAAGCAGCAUUUGCAGCUUGGAAGUCUAAGACUUAUGCUUUGACAGUCCCUUUGAGACUUGCUGCUCUCCGUGGCUCUGUGCCUCCUUCAUGGGUUAAGGAUUUUAUGCAAUCUCAAGGAAAAAGAUCAAAGGUUCACAUGAAGUCGCAUGCAAGCCUUGAGGGCAUCUUUUCUGAUCUAUCAAUGGCCUUUAGCAAAGGCAAUGUUGGGCCUUCAUCUGUCGUCGCAGCUGACCUCGUUAGUGUUGGGGACUCUUGGCUCAGUUAUGCCAUUAGCAAGGCUGUGAUUGAGCCCAUUCAAGGGGUAGAAGACCAGGACUGGUUUAAAGGCUUGAGUGACCGAUGGAAAGUAUAUCUCCGCAGGAACUCUGAGGGGAGAAUUGACACUGACGGUAAAGUAUGGGCUUCGCCGUAUCGCUGGGGCUGCAUGGUGAUAGCAUACAAAAAAAGUAAAUUUCGAAAGCAUAAGUUGGCUCCUGUAGAGGACUGGGCAGAUUUAUGGCGACCUGAACUUGCAGGGAAGAUUUCUAUGGUUGAUUCUCCUAGAGAGGUUCUUGGUGCAGUUUUGAAGUAUAUGGGAGCAUCAUACAACACGAAACACAUCCAUUCGCAAGUUGACGGUGGGAAAGAUGCUGUCAGGCAAAAUCUGGCUUUACUUGUAAAACAGGUCCGACUAUUUGACAGUGUACAUUAUUUAAAAGCAUUUGGGGUUGGAGACGUGUGGGUGGCUGUUGGGUGGAGCAGUGAUGUUCUUCCUGUUGCCAAACGCAUGUCUGAUGUUGCAGUAAUUGUUCCAAAAUCUGGAGCUAGUAUAUGGGCAGAUCUAUGGGCAAUCCCUGCCACCAGUCGGCUUGAAACAAAUCGAAUUGGGGGGCGAGUUAGAGGGCCGUCUCCACUCAUCCAUCAAUGGAUGGAGUUCUGCUUGCAAACUGCUAGAACACUCCCUUUUAAGCAGGAGGUAAUCCCAGGAGCUUCCCCUUCCGUGCUUGAUAGUGCUCAGCCUGAAGAUUUGAAAGAGCUCAAGGGUAAGCCGAAACUGGACACAAACCUCGUGGCAGGAGUACCGCCACCUGAGAUUUUGGAAAGGUGUGAGUUUUUGGAGCCUUUAACUGAAUCUACGCUAUCAGAAUAUCAACGGUUGAUUGCUAAUGUGCACAAACCUAGGGAUGGUUUGAUCACUAGUACGCGUGAUUAUAUGUCAUCAUUGAUCCAAAAUUUUAGAAUGAAGCUGCAAUCGAAGCCAACAUAAUCCUGAAUUAUAACAGGAGCCUAAACCAAGUACAAAGUUGCAUGAUGAGAAUUAAUUCAUUUGUUUAUAUCCAGUAACAUAAGUUCAUGGAGACAUGCAAUGUUCAGCAGAAUUGUAAAAAUAUUAUCGAGGAACUACUUGUAUAAUAUGGUGGAUACGCUUAUUUUCUCGUU